AUGAAGUUUCCCUUCAUGAACAAGCAAACCGGGUCCGUCGCAGAGUCGCCGCCGUCAGCCGAUCUUUCCGGGGCGUCGGAGGACGACCGUGAGAAGCGGCGCAGCAGCUCGUUCGACGAAGGGAAGGUGCCGUGGGUGACGUGGCGGUCAAUAGUCCUGGGGGCAUUUGUGUCGAUAGGCGGAAUCAUUUUCGGGUACGACACGGGUCAGAUCUCGGGAUUUCUGGAGAUGAGAGAUUAUAAACAGCGGUAUGGGCAGUUUCGGAAUGGGAAGUGGGCGUUUAGUAAUGUGAGGUCUGGAUUGAUUGUUUCCAUGUUGUCCAUCGGUACCAUGAUAGGCGCCCUCGUGGCCGGGACCCUAGCAGACCGCAUCGGCCGGAAAUGGUCCAUCUUCACAUGGUGCAUUAUCCUGCAUGUCGGGCUGAUCGUCCAGAUCUCCUCACCGGCGGGCAAAUGGUACCAGAUGAUGAUGGGCCGGUUCGUAACAGGCUUCGGUGUGGGUGCAUGUUCGCUGCUGGUACCGAUGUACCAGGGCGAGAUCGCGCCUCGACAUAUCCGCGGAGCAAUGGUUUGUUCCUACCAACUCUUCGUCACGUUGGGCAUUUUCGUGGCAUACUGCAUCAACUAUGGCACGGAGAGCAUCUCCAACACGGCAUCGUGGCGGAUCCCUCUAGGAAUCACGUUUCUCUGGGGCCUGCUUCUAGGCUUUGGCAUCUUGCUGUUCCCGGAAAGCCCGCGAUUUGACUACCGGAUGGGCCGAAUUGACAUGGCCAAGAGGACGAUGAGCAAGCUGUAUGGUAUCUCGGAGAACCACCGGGUGAUUGUGCACGAAAUUCUUGAGAUACAGGAGCAGCUGGAAGCGGAGCAGGGGGCGAAGGGCGGGUUGCAUGGCUGGGUGGAGAUGUUCCAGGCACCGCGAAUGAUGUACCGGAUUAUACUGGGUGUGGUGCUCCAGGCAUUGCAGCAGCUGACGGGUGCCAACUACUUCUUCUACUAUAGAGGAGAGGUCGAGGGAGAGCCCCGGUCUCGCGCCGGUUUUUAUACUGACCUCCGCCAGGGCACGGUGAUUUUCAACGGCGCCGGCAUCAGCAAUACCUACGUGACGCAGAUGAUCCUGGGCGGCGUGAAUUUCGGCACGACCUUCGGUGGCCUGUACGUGAUCGAGCACUUCGGCCGACGCAAGUCGCUCAUCACCGGCGGGAUCUGGAUGUUCGUAUGCUUCAUGGUAUUCGCAUCUGUGGGACACUUCUCGCUAGAUGUGCAGAACCCGCCCGCCACACCAGGCGCCGGCAAAGCAAUGGUGGUCUUUGCCUGCCUUUUCAUCACCGGAUUCGCAAUGACUUGGGGUCCGAUGGUGUGGGCGAUUGUUGCCGAGUUGUAUCCGUCGCGGUACCGGGCGCGGGCGAUGGCGCUAGCGACGGCAUCAAACUGGCUGUGGAACUUCCUGAUUGGGUUCUUCACGCCGUUCAUCACGGGUGAUAUCGACUUUGCGUACGGGUAUGUGUUUGCGGGGUGUCUAUUUGUGGCAGUGCUGGUGGUGUACUUCUUUGUGCUGGAAGGUAAGGACAAGACACUGGAGGAGAUGGAUAUGAUGUAUGUGAUGCGGGUGAAGCCGUGGCAGAGCAGCAAAUGGAAGGCGCCGGCGCCGGAGGAGCAGCUCACGACCGCGCAGCUGAUGGACCGCCGGAUGGCGGAGGGUUAUGACCGCGAGGAAGAAGCGGCGGCCAACAAGAAGGCGGCGGAGACGCCUGGGCAUCUGCAUGCGGAGAAUCCCACGGGGCAGGGUUCUUCUCAGGCUUGA